UGGACGGGCAACGUCGGUGACCCGAAGCGCGAGAAUUCAGGGGGUGGGAAGGUGCGAGCCGCAGAACCAGAGGAGGGCGGGAAGGAGGAGGAGGCAGGGGGUGGUCAGCGGGACUGGGGGUCCUGCCGGCAGAGGUCCCUUGGCCUCCUGACGGACGGCUGACUGGCGGCGACCUCGCGCCCGACUCGGAGGUGCGGGCUGGGCGGCGCGGAGAGAGCAGCCAUGGCCUCGGGUGGAUAUAACCCCUAUAUAGAGAUAGUUGAACAACCCAGGCAGAGGGGAAUGCGCUUUAGAUACAAGUGUGAAGGGCGAUCAGCAGGCAGCAUUCCAGGCGAGCACAGCACAGAGGACAACCGAACAUACCCGUCUAUCCAGAUAAUGAACUAUUAUGGAAAAGGAAAAGUGAGAAUUACAUUAGUAACAAAGAAUGACCCAUAUAAGCCUCACCCUCAUGAUUUAGUUGGAAAAGACUGCAGAGAUGGCUACUAUGAAGCUGAUUUUGGACAGGAACGUAGACCUUUGUUUUUUCAAAAUUUGGGUAUUCGAUGUGUAAAGAAAAAAGAAGUAAAAGAAGCUGUUAUUUCAAGAAUAAGUGCAGGAAUCAAUCCUUUCAAUGUUCCUGAACAACAGCUGCUUGAUAUUGAAGAUUGCGACCUCAAUGUGGUGAGACUGUGUUUUCAAGUUUUUCUUCCUGAUGAACAUGGUAAUUUGACAACUGCACUGCCUCCUGUUGUCUCUAAUCCGAUUUAUGACAACCGUGCCCCGAAUACUGCAGAAUUAAGGAUUUGUCGAGUAAACAAGAACUGUGGAAGUGUCAGAGGAGGAGAUGAAAUAUUUUUGCUUUGUGACAAAGUUCAAAAAGAUGACAUAGAAGUCCGUUUUGUGCUCAAUGACUGGGAAGCAAAAGGGGUCUUUUCCCAAGCUGAUGUGCACCGUCAGGUGGCCAUCGUGUUCAAGACGCCGCCCUACUGCAAAGCCAUCGCGGAGCCAGUGACCGUGCAGAUGCAGCUGCGGAGGCCCUCUGACCAGGAAGUUAGCGAGUCCAUGGAUUUUAGGUAUCUGCCGGAUGAGAAAGAUACUUAUGGCAAUAAAUCAAAGAAACAAAAAACAACUCUACUUUUCCAGAAACUCUGCCAAGAUUGUGCAGUUAAUAUUCCAGAGAGACCAAGACCUUGCCCCUCAGGAGCAAAUGGAGAAGGGAGACUCAUCAAAAAAGAAUCGAACUUGUUCCCUCAUGGUACAGUUAUCCCAGAAAUGCCCCGGCCUUCAGGGAUUUCAGGUCAAGCGGAACCCUACUAUCACUCAUCAGUGGCCAUCACGAGUGCGAUGUCGCAUCACGCUUCAGCCAUGCCUGCAAUGGUAUCUCAGCACUCUUCAACCUGGUCGUCAGUGUCCCAUCCCACCUCACGCUCAGUCAGUGCAAAUCCAUUGAGCAGUUUUCCAACACUUCCCACUAAUUCACAGAGCAUCUCAUCAUUCCUGACAAUGCCUCUUGGGAGUGAUUUAAAUGCUUCUAAUGCUUGCAUUUAUAACAGUGCUGAUGAUCUGGGCAGGAUGGAAACCACCUCCAUGUCUCCAGCUGACUUAUAUGGCAUUUCUGAUGCCACCAUGCUGCCUAAUAUGAUGACAACCAGCAGUGACAGCAUGGGAGAGACAGACAACUCGAGACUUGUGAGCAUGAAUCUUGAAAACCACUCCUGUAAUUCCGUGUUAGAUCCAAGAGACUUAAGACAGCUCCAGCAGGUGUCUUCUUCCACUAUGUCAGCAGGCACCAGUUCCAGCAAUCCAGUUUUUGUUUCACAGUCAGAUGCAUUUGAGCGAUCUGACUUUAAUUGUGCAGAUAACGGCCUGAUAAAUGAGCCGGGACCGUCAAAUGGUGCUAAUCCAAACAACCACAGUUUUCAAAAUAGUCAGUAUUCAAAUUUUGGUAAUAUGCAGAAUGAGCAACUGAGCGAAUCCCUUACGUACGAGUUUUAUAAGUAUAAUUUGUAGGACUUAAAUCUUUUGAAAUGUUUGUGAUCAUUUUGGUAGUACUGAUACGUAGCAUCUUAUAUAUGUGUCACCAAAAAUACAAUACAGAGCUGUUUUUGUAACUUUUUUAUAGAAGGAUUAAACUUCAGAUGUAUAGAGAAUAUAUGCUUUGGGUGUAUAUAGAAAUCAAAUCUUGGAAGUUGUUAUAAAAAGAAAACUCAAGCUAAAAGUGGUGGUACACACCUUAAGCUUAGCAUUUAGGAGGCUGAGGGAGAAAAGGAUCACGAGUCCAAGACUAGGCUGGGCUUCCACCCAGCGAGACAAAACACAGACACACAAAAAAAAUGUUCUUCUGUUUCUUCUUUGAAAGACCUGACGUACUGUGUGUGGUAUAAAUUCUAUCUUCAAAAUUCUACUGCACUUCCCCAGGCAAGACUUUAAGGAGGACAUUAAACAACAAAGAGUUUUUUCUAAUUUUAUAUUUCUUUUAUAACAUAUUAAUGUAUUGUUAAGUGAAUUAACUGAUAUUUGCUUUCAUGCAAAUUUAAGGGAAAACUUGUAGUGGCUAUGCCACUGGAAAAAUAAAUUACUUUUUUUUCUCUUCUUUUUGAGGCCUGUGUACCCCUAAGGGGUUUUCUGGGGCUUCUUGGAAUUUCUUAGAUUUAUAUAUAAAUCAAACCUCUUUAAAUGUUAAGUUGUGCAGAAGGCAGUUGAAGUGAGCUUUCUAGUAUGGGAGGAUUCCUCCAUUUUAUACUAUUUAAAUCUCUAUCUUUAAAGUUGCUUAUGAUUUUUAGCUUUGCACCUGUAUUUUCAAGAGCAAGAAGCUUCUUUGUACCUCUUUUCUUAGGUAUUUCCACUCUCUAUGGUCUCAUACAACUGCCUGUUUGACAUCUAGAAAUCUAAUUAGAACUCCAGUUCAGAAUAUCCAGACCUGAGUUCUUGGUCUUUCCUCCCAAACUUGCUUCUCCUCUAGUCUUCUCCAACUCAGUAAAUGGCAAUGCCAUGCUUCUAAUUGCUCAGGCCAAAACUCUUGGCGUCGUCUUUGAUUCUUUUAUCUCCCAUAUCCAACUCAUGGAAAGAAUCCAUCUUAAGUGAAAAUUUACACUUUCAUACUCUUGAGCCUGGGACAAGUAGGAUCUUGCUGGUUCCUGACAUGCCCUCAAGGCUUAUUUCUCUUGUUCAGAGUACUUGGUUUCUUCUUAAUUGUGCUAAUCUAUUCAGGAACCAUAACUCCUUUGACUCCAAUUGUAAUACAUGUUUUUUUGUUUUGUUUUUUUAGUACAUGGCCUACAGUGUCUCACUACACAGAUUA